AAAACAAAUGUUGCAAAUAUAUAUUUAAGCGACUAUUUCCAUUUAAUAUUUUAUAGUACUUUCAUUCCACUUUAUCCCAUCCAGUAAGAAACCUACAAAUAGUAGUUUAUUUAAGGAUAUCAGCCGAGAAAACAAAGAAAUAAUGUAAAAUAAAAUAAAAUAUCCAACGAAGAGUAGCGUUUGAUUUCUAUUGCACACGUACUGCAUGCAGUAACUUCUUAGGACUCUGAGCGCCGCUGUUCACCUACGAGGAAAAAGGAGACCCCGCUCAAUUCGGAUUCUCAGGGCUCCAACUACACAAAGCGCCACUGUUCCCACAAACCAGCAACGAGGCUGCAGCGAAACUCACUCCAGAAUUUAAGGAGAGCAGUUUACAGAGACUCCCUGCAGCCAGAGAAAGAAAAGGGAACCGGUCAAAACACAGAAGGUGUCAGUGAGGACUUUGCCAGAAUUCCGUAACCAGACAACAAUGGCCGCUCAAAGGAAUCGCUCCGACCGCAGCGCGCUGGUCCUGCUCUGCCUUUUCCUCGGUAUGCCACGGGAGGUUGAAGCCCGGCAGAUCCGCUACUCGGUGCCUGAGGAGCUAGAGAAGGGCUCUUUCGUGGGCAACAUCUCCAAGGACCUGGGUCUGGAGCCCCGGGAGCUGGCGGAGCGCGGAGUCCGCAUCGUCUCCAGAGGUAGGACGCAGCUAUUCGCUCUGAACUCGCGAAGCGGCAGCUUGGUCACUGCGGGCAGGAUAGACCGGGAGGAGCUCUGCGCUCAGAGCUCGCGGUGCCUGGUGAAUUUUAACAUUCUUGUGGAAGAUAGGGUGAAACUUUUCGGGAUAGAAGUAGAAGUAACUGAUAUCAACGAUAAUGCUCCAAAAUUCCAAGCAGAAAAUCUAGACGUAAAAAUUAAUGAAAAUGUCGCUCCAGGAAUGCGUUUUCCUCUCCCGGAAGCUGUUGAUCCGGAUGUGGGCGUGAACUCUUUACAGAGCUACCAGCUCAGCCCCAAUAAGCACUUCACCCUAGCAAUUCAGAGCCGUGCCAAUGGCGUCAAGUACCCGGAGUUGGUGCUGGAGCGCGCCCUGGAUCGCGAGGAAGAGGCGCUGCACCACCUGGUCCUCACUGCCUCCGACGGGGGUGACCCUCUCCGAUCUGGCACUGUUCUCAUCAUUGUGACUGUCUUCGAUACAAAUGACAAUGCACCGGUCUUCACCUUGCCCGAAUACCGAGUGAGUGUUCCGGAGAACUUGCCUGUGGGCACACAGCUGCUGACAGUCACUGCCACCGACAGAGAUGAAGGAGCCAAUGGAGAAGUAACAUAUUCAUUCCGAAAAUUACCUGAUACACAAUUGUUGAAAUUCCAACUAAACAAAAAUACUGGGGAAAUAAAAAUAUCAGAAAAUCUAGAUUAUGAAGAAACAGGUUUCUAUGAAAUAGAAAUACAAGCGGAAGAUGGAGGAGCAUAUCUUGCAACUGCUAAAGUGUUGAUUACAGUAGAAGAUGUAAAUGACAACAGUCCAGAGGUGACCAUCACGUCUCUGUUUAGUCCCCUGAUGGAAGAUUCACCUUUGGGAACUGUUAUAGCCCUUUUAAACGUGCAUGAUUUAGACUCUGGGCAGAAUGGACAGGUCACCUGUUCCAUAUCGGGGAAUCUACCAUUUAAGUUAGAAAAGUCCAUUGAUAGUUAUUAUAGGUUGGUGACAUACAGAGCCCUUGACAGGGAACAGGUAUCCUCUUACAACAUCACAGUAACAGCCACAGAUGGAGGGAGUCCAGCCCUAUCAACAGGAAUUCACUUCACCCUGCAAGUGGCAGAUAUCAAUGACAACCCACCCACAUUCUCUGACAUCUCCUACUUUACCUAUAUCCCAGAGAACAACCCCAGAGGUGCCUCUGUCUUCUCAGUGACUGCACUAGACCCAGACAGCAAAGAAAAUGCUCGCGUUAUUUACUCUCUAGCUGAAGACACUAUCCAGGGGGCACCUCUAUCUUCCUACAUCUCCAUCAACUCUGAAACAGGAGUCCUGUAUGCGCUGCAGUCCUUCGACUACGAGCAAUUUCGUGAUCUGCAGAUGCAGGUGACUGCCACCGACAGUGGGGAUCCACCACUCAGCAGCAACGUGUCACUAAGCCUGUUCAUACUGGACCAAAAUGACAACGCACCUGAGAUCCUGUACCCCUGCCUCCCCACUGAUGGUUCCACUGGCAUUGAGCUGGCACCCCGCUCUGCAGAGCCCGGAUAUCUAGUGACCAAAGUGGUGGCAGUGGACAGAGACUCAGGCCAGAACGCCUGGCUGUCCUACCGCCUGCUCAAGGCCAGUGAGCCAGGGCUCUUCACCGUGGGGCUGCACACGGGCGAGGUGCGCACGGCGCGGGCACUGCUGGACAGAGACGCACUCAAGCAGAGCCUGGUGGUGGCCGUCCAGGACCAUGGCCAGCCCCCUCUCUCGGCCACCGUCACGCUCACCGUGGCUGUGGCCGACAGCAUCCCAGACAUCCUGGCUGAUCUGGGCAGUCUAGAGGUCCGGCACGACUCGGACGCUUCAGAACUCACCUUGUACUUGGUGGUGGCGAUAGCUGCGGUCUCCUGCGUCUUCCUCGCUUUUGUCAUUGUGCUGCUGGCGCUCAGACUGCGGCGCUGGCACAGGUCCCGCCUCCUCCAGGCUUCAGGAAGCGGGUUGGUGGGCGUGCCCGCCUCGCACUUCGUGGGCGUGGACGGGGUGCGCGCUUUCCUGCAGACCUAUUCCCACGAGGUCUCCCUCACCGCGGACUCGCGGAAGAGUCACCUGAUCUUCCCCCAGCCCAACUACGCGGACACGCUUCUCAGCCAGGAGAGCUGUGAGAAAAAGGAUCCUUUGUCUUUGUUAGAUGAUUCGAAGUUUCCUAUAGAAGAUACCCCUUUGGUUCCAGUGAGUUCUAUUUUUACUCUUUUACUUUCCUUUAAAAAAUUAUCAUUGGUUUUACUUUUAGGUUUCCAGCAUGAUGAUGGAAAAUUUCUAUAUUUUUUUCACUUUUCUCUGUUUCAACGACCUUUGCUUCUUGCUAAAACAUUCAAGAGUAGAACUUGAUGGUUAUUAAGGCUGAUAUGGUUACUUUCUCGUAAAUAGUCACCUAAUCCCAGUGAAGGCCUGUUGUCAUAAGGCUGUUAUGAUUAGCUUUGCAGAGCCUUAUAUUUUAUAGUUGUUGAAUA